AUGAGCAGAACCCCCGAAUCUUCCCAACUUCUCCUACCCUUCUGCAUAUCCUCACAGUUCACAAUGGCCAACCUUUCAAAAGCCGAGGUAGAUGACGUGCGUGAAGUGUUCGAGGUCUUUGAUUUCUGGGACGGUCACGAUGGCAUGGUGGAUGCAAGCCGCGUGCCCGACCUCCUUCGGUGCACUGGACUCAACCCCACCAAUGCCUGCUGUCUUCGGAAUGGGACUUUGACUGAGGCAGGCGAGUGCCAGUACUCCUUCGAGGAAUUCCUCUCGGUGUAUCAGGCCAUCAAAUAUGAGAGUACUCCUCCCGACAAGGUUUUGUUCAUGCAGGUCUUCAAAAGUUACGAUCGCGAAUCGCAGGGCGUUUUAAGCGCCGCUCAGAUCCGACACAUUCUGGAGACUUAUGGAGAACGCCUGAGUGAAAGUGAGACUGACAAGAUGUUCGAGCUAAUGGGCUACCAACACGGAACUGUGAAAUAUGAAGAACUAAUCGACAGAAUACUGGAAGAAACAACGGAAGCUGAACUUUCUGAAUGA